AUGAUGCUCGCCACGUGGAUGGCGCGCAUGGGCAUCACCACGCGCAUCGUGGAUAAGAGAGGAAGCAAGAUCUACGCGGGCCAGGCGGAUGGCUUACAACUACGCAGUCUAGAGAUAUUCGAUAGUUUUGGGUUUGCAGAUCGUGCCGUCAAGGAGGCGAAUCAUUUGCUUGAGAACCCCGGUGAAGACGGUCUCAUCCGGCGCUCCGACCGCGUCCCCGACGUGCCCGUCGGCCUCUCUCGCUUCACGGAAAUCGUCCUUCACCAAGGCCGAAUCGAGCGCUUCUUCCUCGACCACAUCAAGAAACAUUCAAAGGGCUGCCUCAACGUCGAGCGCGGCGUGCUGCCCGAAUCCCUCCACAUCGCAGAUACAUGCGCCGACCACAGCGCGGACAAUUAUCCGAUUACAGUCCAACUAAGGCACUUGAGCGAGGAAGAAGCGAAGCCUGCGCAGAGUAAGGCGUCAGGCGUGAGUGAUGGAUUGUUCAGGAGUAAUCUUGCUGAAGAUGAUACUGAUGAUUUGAUCGGGAGGAGUAGGGAGAAGGAAGGGCAGACGGAGGUUGUGCAGGCGAAGUAUAUGGUCGGUUAUAUCAUCCCGCUCACAAACUUCCCCGACAUUCGCAUGCGCUGCGCCGUGCAUUCCGCCACCUCGGGCUCCCUCAUGGUCAUCCCCCGCGAAAACAAACUCGUCCGCCUCUACAUCCAACUCACCGAAAUCAAGCCCGACGCCAGCGGGCGCGCCGACCGCAGCCAAAUCACGCCCGACACCAUCAUCCGCGCCGCGCAGAAGAUUCUCGCGCCGUACACGCUCGCCUACGAGUACUGCGACUGGUGGACGGCGUACCAGAUCGGCCAACGGGUGGGCACGGAUUUCAGCUACCAGGAGCGAGUGUUUUUGGCGGGCGAUGCGGUGCAUACGCAUAGUCCCAAGGCCGGACAGGGUAUGAAUGUUAGUAUGCAGGAUAGUUACAAUCUGGGAUGGAAGAUUGGAAUGGUUGUCAAGGGGCUUGCGAAGCCGGAGAUUCUCAAGACGUAUCAAAGCGAGAGGCGACGGAUUGCGAAGGAUCUCAUCGCUUUCGAUCAUAAGUUCAGUCGGCUGUUUAGCGGGCGCCCGGCGAAAGAUGUCAUGGAUGCCGAGGGCGUGAGCAUGGAGGAAUUCAAGGCCGCGUUUCUCAAGGGGAACCUAUUCGCGAGCGGGCUGAGCGUAGAUUACGGGACGAGCAUGCUCGUAGCCAAACCCGGCGAUGCGACGGAGGAAGGAGACGGGACGGACGUCUCCUCCUCGCACUCCGAGAAAGCCGUGGGCAAGCAGGAUCUCGCGACGAACGUCAGACUCGGCAUGCGCUUCCCCAGUUACAAAGUGCUCAACCAAUCCGACGCGCGGCCGUGGGAAUUCCAGCCCAAGCUGAAGAGCGACGGACGCUUCAGGAUCAUUGUUUUUGCCGGCGAUGUUGUGGAGGAGAAGCAACAGGCGAGGCUGCAAGCUUUCUGCGCGAAACUCACGGCUUCGGCAUUCCUGGCGAAGCAUUUACACAAGGACAUACACGUCCUUACUGUUCAUUCGUCCAAGCGCGUCGAGGUAGAACUCCUACGCGACUUUCCCGAUGUGCUGCAUCCGUACGAUGAGAAGACGGGCUGGGACUACGACUCGGUAUAUGUGGAUGACGAGAGCUAUCACGAGGGCUUUGCAGAUGCGUACAAGGGGUACGGAGUCAGCAGGGAAAGUGGAUGUAACGCAAAAGAGGAGCUAAGCGCUGACGACGAUGGUGUGAGGACCGGAGUACACUAUUGGAGGCUCUUGUUUGCAAGGCAGACUUGGAUGUUGAUGUCGAUCAACCCAGUCGCGUCGAGUUCCACGCCUGCACAACACAUGGCAACCAUAGCGAACUGCCAAAAAGGAAUCACGAAGACGAUGCAUGUCACGACAUGGAAGAAGUCGUACAAUCUGAUAGUUGCAUGUAAAUCCGGUGUUGGCGGUGUCCAUGUUUCAGCCCCACGGGCCGCAGCAUGGGUGGCCUGGCGUGUUGCCCUGCCAACACCCCUAAUUGACUAUUUCGCUGCGUUCGACGAUACCCAAUUCACGCGAUUCCCUUUUGGCGCGUCUUGUCGCAAUCACAACACCGUCGCACAAGUCGCCAUGGAGCGCUCCACAACACCGGGCGGUACACACUACGGGCGGCCACCCGCAUAUGAUGACGAGGAUGGCUUCUCUCCCAACAUGCAAGGAGGCUCAACAAUGCGCUUGUUGACAAACGUCGACGACAGCCACAGCUACAUGCCAAGACCCUCUUUCGAAGAGUCGGCUUCAUCCAUGUCGGGCGCGAAUAGCACCACGGCAGCGCUGGGCGCGCGCAUGACUUCUUCCGAGGUUGGCAAGCAAAAGGCCGCCGAGUCGGGCAUCGUCGACUUCUUGCGGGAGGCGGGCGAUGCGCUGAACUCGAGCUCUAGCGCUGCUGCCGUUCCUUCGACGCAGUCCAUGCCGCGCCGCAAGACGCUCAAUGUUCGGUUCGUCGACCCUGCAAAGUCGAAGAAGCACUCGAAUCUGGAGAAGAACCCAGGCUUACCCAUGUCCCAUUUCUACAGACCACAUUCGCCCACGCGCGCAUAUCAAUCCACAGUCUCGUCAUUGUCACGGACACCCUCUGUCAUGGACACGGCACCGAAUAUGCCGCCGCCAUCAGAAGACUCGCCUUCAUAUGUGCCGUACCGACGGCCAUUAUCACCUGACCGGUCGUAUUCACCCACCCGCACAUCAGUCGACUACUCGCGACCAGCGGCUUCAUCAAUCUCGUAUGAGCCAGCAGAUCUUAAUGGCAGUCCGCGACCGGGCACUCCGUCAUCGAGAUAUGGCGGAGGCCGACCAGGCAGCCCCAAGCGGCCACUACCUCCUGCGCCGCUGUUCUCUGGUGCUGCGCGGCCGGUUUCGCGUGACUCUGAAAUGACCAUGGACAUGACCGAUAUGACUUCGAUACCCAUUGACGAGGACGACCCCUUCACUGAGCGAGGAGAGAGCCGGCCCGACCUGCACUCGCGCGCUUCAUACAUGUCCGACGACACUUAUACAGACGUAUACACCACAGUCGACGAGAAAGAAAAGGUCGAGCACUAUGGCCCUGCUCCAGAUGGCGCACAGACACGACGUGGUGCGCGAGACGCCGUCAUGACCAAAAAGGAGGUCCGCUUGAUCAACGGUGAACUCAUCUUGGAGUGUAAAAUUCCGACCAUCUUGUACAGUUUCCUGCCGCGCCGCGACGACAUCGAGUUUACCCACAUGCGGUACACAGCCGUCACCUGCGAUCCAGACGACUUUGUGGAGCGCGGCUACCAAUUACGACAAAACAUCGGUAACGCGCGCGAGACGGAGCUCUUCAUCUGCAUCACCAUGUACAACGAGAACGAGAUUGACUUCACCCGGACGAUGCACGGAGUUAUGCAAAACAUCAGCCACUUCUGCUCGCGUAUGAAGUCGAGAACAUGGGGCAAGGACGGAUGGCAGAAGAUUGUCGUCUGCAUCAUCUCCGACGGGCGAGGAAAAGUGCACCCUCGUACGCUUGAUGCGAUUGCCGCCAUGGGCUGUUUCCAGGAAGGCAUUGCGAAGAACCACGUCAACCAGAAGGAGGUCACAGCCCACGUGUACGAGUACACCACCCAGGUUUCCCUGGAUUCGGACCUGAAGUUCAAGGGAGCCGAGAAGGGCAUUGUGCCUUGUCAGAUGAUCUUCUGUCUCAAGGAGCGCAACUCCAAGAAGCUCAACUCGCAUCGUUGGUUCUUCAACGCUUUUGGUCGCGCACUGAACCCCAAUGUGUGCAUUCUGCUCGAUGUGGGAACGAAGCCUGGCCCCAAGGCUCUGUACCAUCUCUGGAAGGCGUUCGACACAGACUCAUCCGUGGCUGGAGCUGCAGGCGAGAUCAAGGCCGGCAAAGGCAAAGCGUGGCUCGGACUUCUUAACCCGCUUGUUGCGUCGCAGAACUUUGAGUACAAGAUGUCGAAUAUCCUCGACAAGCCGCUUGAGUCGGUGUUUGGCUACAUUACUGUGUUGCCUGGUGCCCUGUCGGCAUAUCGAUACCACGCUCUGCAAAACGAUCACACAGGUCAUGGUCCCCUCAGCCAAUACUUCAAGGGAGAGACGCUGCACGGCCAAGAUGCUGAUGUGUUUACCGCAAACAUGUACUUGGCUGAAGAUCGUAUUCUUUGUUGGGAGCUUGUCGCGAAGCGCAGUGAGCAGUGGGUCUUGAAGUAUGUCAAGGCGGCGACAGGAGAGACUGAUGUGCCUGACUCUGUUCCCGAGUUCAUCUCGCAACGUCGUCGCUGGCUCAACGGAGCCUUCUUCGCUGCUGUCUACUCCCUCCUCCACUUCAAACAAGUCUGGUCGACCGACCACACCAUCUGGCGCAAGAUCUUGCUGCACAUCGAAUUCGUCUACCAAUUCGUGCAACUGCUCUUCACAUUCUUCUCGCUCGCCAACUUCUACCUGACCUUCUUCUUCGUCGCCGGCUCACUCGCCGACCCGAAAAUGGAUCCUUUCGGCCACAACAUUGGGAAAUACGUCUUCUACAUCCUUCGCUACACCUGCACACUUCUCAUCUGCAUGCAAUUCAUCCUCUCCAUGGGUAAUCGACCACAAGGCGCCAAGAAGAUGUUUUUCUGGAGUAUGAUCAUGUACGGUGUCAUCAUGGCCUACACAACCUUUGCCUCCUUCUACAUCGUCGUAAUUCAACUCAAGGACCCCAAAGCCCCAAAGACGCUCGGCAACAACGUCUUCACCAACCUGAUCAUCUCGUCCGCCACAACCAUCGGCCUUUACUUCGUCAUGUCCUUCAUGUACUUCGACCCCUGGCAUAUGUUCACCUCGUCAGCGCAAUACUUCGCCUUGCUUCCCUCGUACAUUGCAACCCUCCAGGUCUACGCUUUCUGCAACACCCACGACAUCACCUGGGGUACCAAAGGUGAUAACGUAGCUAAAACUGAUCUCGGAGAUGCGAAAGCCAAGACCAAAAACGUCGUCGAGCUCGAAAUGCCCAGCGAGCAACUUGACAUCGACUCCGGCUAUGACGAGGCGCUGCGCAACCUUCGCGAUCGCGUCGAAGUUCCGGAACCACCUAUCUCGGAAUCACAGCAGCAGGAAGACUACUACCGCGCCGUGCGCACGUACAUGGUCGUCAUCUGGCUCAUCAGCAACGCCAUCCUCGCCAUGGCCGUGUCCGAAGCAUACGGCAACCGCGCCGUAACCAACAACUUCUACCUGACAUUCAUCCUCUGGGCCGUCGCCGGGCUGGCGUUCUUCCGAGCCAUCGGCAGCACGACAUUCCUCGUCAUCAACUGGAUCCACAAGAUCAUGGAGACUAAGCUCAAGUGGGAGGAUCGCAUGGAGGAUAAGAAAGGCAGGACGAAUCUUGGUGGCGGGCGCAGGUUGGGCGGUUGGAAGGCGAAGUUCGGAUUAGGAUGGGGAGGCGGGAGUGGGCUGACAAGUUGGAUGAGUGGCAGUAGCAUUAAGAGUAAGAUGAGUAGCAUGGCGCCGAGUAGUUGGGGUGGGAGCAGUGUGGGGAGAUAA